AUGCCUGACUACGAAACCUCAACCACCUAUAACAGGACAAUUAAAACAGUCCAAAAUGAUGAUGGGCGCAUAUUUCUACCCGUUUUCGGCCAGCCGGGAGCUUGGUUUUGGAUAAUACACAUAGGAGCGGCUUCUAGCCUCUUUAUCAGCAUCUCUUUCAGCUUUAGUUUGGUCGUUUAUCUUGGUGUAAUGGGGAAACGUCGCAAUCGAUCGUUUUGGACAUGGAAGUUACCGGAGCGCUUGGUCAUCUACCUCGCCCUUUGUGAUCUUCUUUGGAGCAUCUCUCAUAGUAUUGACCACUAUUUAAUGAUUAUCCUGUACGACCAUGUACCCGACCUCCUGUGCAUCAUCCUAGGAUUCCUUCUCAAUGAAUUGAUUUUCAUGCAGGCCAUAGUUGUGAUAUUCACCGCCAUAAAUGCGUUUGUAUUAGUCGUAAAGAACAAGAAAUUACCAUUGGGAAGAUAUGACUGGAGGUUGCUUGCCAUAUCCAUCUUGAUGCCAGCUGCCAUUGGAUUUGUCUUUGUGUAUUUUGACUUGCUCGGUCCAAGUGGAGCAUGGUGUUUGAUUGAUGGACGAAAUCCUCUCUAUGGGCUUGUGAUGUCAGUAAUGUCCGUUGCCAUGAUCUUCACUUUUCUGUUUAACCUCGGAUGUUACGCGGCAGUUAUAUUCACUGUGUGGAGGGUCACAAAAAACAUCGCCAACUUUAACAAUGAUGAGGCUGCGACAAAAAAGAAGUGCAUUGAAACUGCCAAAACGUUGGUGAUCUUCGUCAUUGCGUAUGCUGGCCAGUGGUGGGCCUAUGUUGUCUACUCGUUUUGGGCUUUUGUGGAGCUUCCACCCGAAUGGUGGACAUUAUUAACCGUUAUAUUCUCCAAUAUGGGCGGUGUAUUCAACUUUUUCGCCUAUAGCAAAUUUCGUAAAUCUCUUGUGGAGGGUCGUAGCAAAUCUGGUGCAGAUUCAUUGCCUUGUUCAUCGACUUCUACGCAUGGUAGCACGGUGACUGUUAACACGAUUACAAAACUCUAAAAGAAGGGAAGCGGAUCUCCGAAGUUGCAUGGCGGCCGUUUUUGGACACCUGCCUGGUUCAUGAUCAGAUGAAUACAGGUAUUA